AUGGCUACUCGGCCCUCUAGCCGCGACGAAUUCGAGAUUGCCCUGAUUUGUGCAUUAACGCUUGAAUAUGAUGCCGUCUCGUUGCUCUUCGACGAGUUCUGGGAUGAAGACGGUGAUAGGUAUGGAAGGGCCAUUGGAGACCCAAACACUUAUACCACUGGACGCUUCGGCAACUUCGACGUCGUCCUUGUUCUUUUACCAACUACGGGGAAUGUCAGUGCGGCUAGUGCGACGGCAAGCCUCCGGUCAAGCUAUUCGGGGUUAAGGCUUGUCAUCUUAACUGGAACCUGUGGGGGUGUGCCUUUUUCAGGCACAGGUGAUGAGAUUCUCCUUGGUGAUGUGAUCAUCAGCAGAACUGUGAUACAAUAUGACCACGGCAGCCAGUAUUCCGAUAACUUCAAGACAAGAGACACCACAGAAGAUAUCUUAGGUCGGCCGAAUAAGGAUAUCCGUGGUCUAGUCGCCGUUCUUGAGACACAGAUUGGACGAGAGCGACUUGAGAAACGAGCUACCGUCUUCCUCAAACAGAUUCAAAAUCUUCCUCCCAAAGGGAAUCGGCGGCCAGCAGAUAUCUACAAAUAUCCCGGAGCCUGCAGUGAUAGGUUGUUCGAGGCGAACUAUCUCCAUAAGCAUCAUCUUUAUCCACAACGUGUCUGCGCGAACUGCCACGACUGCGAAGAUGCUGUAUGCGAAGAAUCUCGAGACCUAGCGUGCGACGUUGUGGGGUGCGAUGAUGAACAUAUGAUCAAGCGAAAGCGUCUUGAGACGAAUCGAGCGUCCAAACAGCAACGCUUUUGGGAAGAAUUUCAGACACCGUCCAUCUUCAUUGGACGAUUCGGCUCAGGUGAUAGAGUGGUCAAAUCGGGCAAACACCGUGAUGAGAUCGCCAAGCAUUACGGUGUCCUCGCGUUUGAAACGGAGGCUGCUGGAGUCUGGGAUGAGCUUCCAUGCAUCAUUAUCAAGAGCAUCAGUAACUACGCGGACGGCCACGAGAAUAAACAUUGGCAGAAUUUUGCAGCUGCAACGGCCGCAUCUGUCGCUAAAGCUCUGAUGGAACGAUAUACAAAAACAGACAGGACAUUCAGGACCCAGAUUGAACAGCAGAUGAAGGAAUUGAUGGAAAACAAAGAAAGUAAUAAAUGCCUUCAGGAUCUACGCCAAACAGACCCCCGCGAUGACAAGACGCGUAUUCAACGUACCAAAGGCCACUUGCUUAAAGACUCAUAUCGUUGGAUACUCGACCACGCCAACUUUAAGAAAUGGUGGUAUAAAUCCCAAUACCCGCUGCUUUGGAUUAAAGGAGACCCUGGGAAAGGAAAAACUAUGCUUCUGUGCGGCAUUAUCGAUGAGAUAGAGGAAUCUACCACCACACAAUGCCUAUCCUACUUCUUUUGCCAGGCUACCGAACUACAGCUCAGUAACGCAACGGCAGUAUUGCGGGGUCUCAUAUACAUGAUCAUUAUCCAACGCCCAGCGCUGAUAUCACAUGUACGAGAGAAAUACGACCAUUCAGGAAAGAAUCUUUUUGAAGACCGCAAUAACUGGGAAGCAUUAUCAAAGACUCUGUUGGCAAUACUGAACGACCCAAGUCUGACCGAUGCAAUUCUGAUCGUUGAUGCACUCGAUGAGUGUGUUGAAGGAUUGUCAGAUCUUCUCGAAUUCAUCAACCAAGCUUCUUGUUCAAGUCGCGCCAAAUGGAUUGUUUCAAGCCGUAAUUGGCCAAUCAUUGAGGAGAAUCUCAAGGAUGCCAUGCAUGGAGUAAGGUUAUGCCUUGAGUUAAACGAGAGUUUAGUUUCUGCUGCUGUUCAAUCCUUUAUCCGAUACAAGGUGCAGCAUCUAACGAAGAAGAAGCGCUACGAUAAAGAUACGCAAAUUGAAAUCGAACAGUAUCUAAUGUCCAACGCGCAUGGCACGUUUCUGUGGGUAGCUCUUGUCUGCCAAGAGCUAGCAGAUCCUAGAGUCCGAAAACGACAUACGCUACAGAGGCUGAAAUCAUACCCCCCCGGACUUGAUCCUUUAUAUAAGCGUAUGAUUCAGAAUAUUCACGAUUCGCUUGAUGCGGAAAUUUGCCGACAGAUCUUGGCUAUUACUUCAGUCGUAUACCGCCCAAUUACGUUACCAGAGCUGAGCUGUCUCAUGAAGCCACAUAAUGAUAAUAGCUACGACGAACUAAAAGAGAUGAUUAGGUUUUGUGGCUCAUUCUUGACUAUUCGAGAGGAAACGAUUUACUUUAUACAUCAGUCAGCUAAAGACUUUUUGCUUGAGAAAGCGCCCGAUCAAAUUCUGGCCAUGGGCAUUGAACACCAGCACCAUACUAUCUUUUCCAGAUCAUUGAAUCAGCUAAUUAAGAUACUACAUCGUGAUAUCUACAGCCUGAGACUCCCAGGCUUCUCCAUCAAACAUGUUCCUUCACCUAAUCCUGAUCCCUUGGCUCCAAUCCGCUAUUCUUGCAUCUACUGGGUCGACCACCUCAUUGCCUCGGAACAUACGUGGGAACCACGUCAUGGAAAGAUGCGUAGAAGUGAAAACAUGGUCAUCAAAUUCUUAAAAAGAAAAUACAUAUAUUGGUUGGAAGCUCUCAGUUUGCUACGAAGUAUAUCAGAAGGCGUACUAGCAAUGCAGAACUUGGAAAAGCUCCAGAUGCCACAGCUUACAAGACCACUAGAAGAUGCGAAUCAAUUCAUUCGUUCGCAUAGACAAGCGAUAGAGUCUGCGCCAUUGCAAGUCUAUGCAUCAGCACUUGUCUUUAGUCCUUCGCACAGUAGGGUGAGACGGCUCUUUGCGGCCGAAGAACCGGAAUGGAUCCUUACGAAACCAAUCGUGGAGAAACGCUGGCACGCCUAUUUGCAGCACACGUUCGAACAUAUCAGCCGGGUGGUCGCCUUCUCCCAUGACUCGGCACUCAUAGCAUCAGGCGCGUCAGACAACUCAAUUCAACUCUGGCGCACUAGUGCAGGCGACCGUGUGCGAAAGCUUGAAGGCCAUGAUGGUGAAAUUCAGUCAAUUGCCUUCUCUCAUGACUCGAAGCUCAUAGUAUCAGGCUCGCGUGAUAAAGCAAUCCGAGUCUGGUGCACUGUUACAGGCAUCUGUUUGCGAGUGCUCAUGGGUCAUGAAAAAGGCAUCACAUCAGUUGCCUUCUCACAUGACUCGGCGCUCAUAGCAUCAGGCUCAGAAGAUAAAACAAUUCGGCUCUGGAGCACUUCUACAGGCGAUUGCAUACGGGAAUUUGAGGCUUAUGAUGCCUUCACAAUCUCAUUAGCCUUCUCGCCUGAUUCAGCAUUGUUGGCAUCAUGCUCAGGACAUGGAAUCAUUCAGCGGUGGCGCACAGGCGAAUGUACGAACGGGCCAACCCAAGUUCCUCAAAACCCCAUCAAAUAUAAUCGUGGAGUUCAAUCGGUUACUUCUCCACAUGUCCCAAGAAAAAGGAAUCUAUUUCUUCUAGUCUCGAGGAAGCUAUCCGGAAGGAAGGAAAAAGUAGAAAACAAACACGAAGACACCUCUCUUUGGGACGUUGAUAAGGCCCAUCAUUUACGUGUAGGAAAGUCGAAUUAUAUCGGCAUAUCUGUCUUCUCUCACGACGCAAAACUUAUAUUAGCAGUUCCGGUAAAUGAUGAUGCGAUGCAUAUCUGGCACACCGUUACAGGCCAGUGUGUACAUGAGCUACGGGGACAUAACAGUAGGGUUACGGCGGUUGCCUUUUCACAUGACUCAAAAUUGGUAGCAAUUGGAUCAUACGAUAAGACGAUUCGCAUCUGGUCUGUUGAUACAGGCAAUUGCGUGCAAGAGCUUCAAGGCCACAGUGAUUUCAUCACAUCAGUUGCCUUCUCGCAUGACUCGAAGCUUAUAGCGUCGGCUUCAUACGAUAAAACAGCCCGGCUUUGGCGCGUUAACACAAAUGGCUUUCAACAGGAAGACCCAGCCGUCAUUAAACCUGGAGGCACAUUCUUUCUCUUCUCAAACGACUCGACACUCGUGGCAUCUGUCUCAGAAAAGAUCAUCUCGCUCUGGUGCCCUCAUACAGGCAGAUGUACGCAGGAGCUCAAGGGCCAUAGCGAUGACGUUGUGUCAAUUGCCUUCUCGCAUGACGCAGCGCUUAUAGCAUCAAUUUCAAGAGAUGGCAGCGCCCGACUCUGGCGCACAGAUACAGGCGACUGCGUGCAGAAGUUACAGCGCCUUGACGAAUCCUGGGGGUCAUUUGGCUUAAUUGCAUUCUCGCAUGACUCUGCUAUUAUAGCAGCAGGCCUGGAUAACAACAGCAUCCAACUAUGGAGUGUUGUCGACGGCAACCUCUUAUUUGAGCUACCCGGUGUCCGUCCUUUUGUCUUCUCGCAUGACUCCGCCCUUAUCGCGUCACAGUUGGAGACUGGAAGAGUUGGACUGUGGCGCACUGCUACAGGCGACUUUGUGCAAAAGCUACAGAGCAGCUUUGCGGAGGAAAUCGGAUCACUUGUUUUCUCCUAUGACUCAACGCUCCUAGCGGCAAUUGCAAGGAAAAAACUUAAACUCUGGCACGUCGCUUCGGGCGAAUGCAUACGAACGCUUCGAUCCCCAGAUGAUGUGCUGGUGUCAGUCACCAUCUCGCAUGACUCAGCGUUGGUGGCUGCAAUGCCAGGAGGUAGUAACAUCGCAGUCUGGCGCGUCGACACGGGCGACCUCGUGCAAUGCGUCGACCUCUAUUGCUACGUCCAUUGGUUUUCCAGGCAAUUGUCAUUUGCAAGGAACAAGUUGGAAAUCCUUACUGCUUUUGGUCUUGUGGCUAUCGACGACACUGGAGGCUCUGUUGGUUGGAAACCACUUCCACCUCGUUUUGUUGGCCCCGGCAUUAGUAACGAUGGCAGCUGGAUUACUUGGAACAAUGAUAAUCUCCUCAGGUUACCAGCCGAAUUUCAAAAUUCUGACUAUGCUAUAUCGGGGUCUACUGUUGCUAUUAGAUCUGGAUCAGGACGGAUUAUUUUCAUCGGUUUAUCGGCUGAUGUGCUGUCAAAUUUAUACGGCGGGAUGAUGGCAGUUUGA